GCCGUGUACGCAUUGGAGGUCUUAGCUGGUAGUUCCCUAUCAUAAAUAACUGCUCCCCCUUUUCUAAGCUUCACCGCCUACACAGUGCUUAAUGUUCCCUGAGCUGCCAACCCCACAGUGGGAACACCCACAGCGACCGCCAGCGGGGAUUCUGCCAGUCUCUCGCAAUUGAAGACCACCCACCCACUGGAAGGAGACCUUGUGCGGACCCGAGCGGAUCCAGACACACUUCGCAUCACGCUCCUGCUGCCCUCCCAAUUGCGCCAGAAGACGCGAUUGAACCAAAAUGCUGUCCGGUAUACUCAUUUUCAAUCAAAAGGGCGAGAACCUGAUCUUCCGUGCGUUCCGCAACGACUGCCGCCCACGUCUCGCCGAUGUCUUCCGCAUCCAGGUCAUCAGCAACGCCCAAGUCCGCUCGCCCAUCCUCACGCUCGGCAGCACCACCUUCAGCCAUGUCAAGCACGAGAACAUCUACCUUGUUGCCAUCACCAAGAGUAACGCCAAUGCCGCACUCGUCUUUGAGUUCCUCUACCGUCUGAUCCAGCUCGGCCGCGGCUACUUUGGCAAGUUCGACGAGGAAGCCGUCAAGAACAACUUCGUCCUGGUUUACGAGCUCCUGGAUGAAAUUAUCGAUUUCGGCUAUCCCCAGAACACCGAGACGGACACGCUCAAGAUGUACAUCACAACCGAGGGCGUCAAGUCAGAGCGGGCCAUAGAAGACUCAGCCAAGAUCACCAUGCAGGCAACGGGUGCCUUGUCAUGGCGCAAAGCCGACGUCAAAUACCGCAAGAACGAGGCGUUUGUCGACGUGAUUGAGGACGUGAAUCUGCUCAUGAGCGCGACAGGCUCGGUGCUGCGCGCCGACGUGACGGGGCAGAUCAUCAUGCGUGCCUACCUCAGCGGGACGCCCGAGUGCAAGUUUGGUCUCAACGACCGCCUGCUGCUCGAUAACGACGGGAUGCACAGCCUCCCGAGCGGCAACAGGAUGGGGAGCAAGGCGACCAAGGCUGCGGCCGGCAGCGUCACGCUCGAGGACUGCCAGUUCCACCAGUGCGUCAAGCUGGGCAAGUUCGAUAGCGACCGCAUCAUCAGCUUCGUGCCGCCCGACGGCGAGUUCGAGCUGAUGCGCUACCGCGCCACCGAGAACGUCAACCUGCCCUUCAAAGUCCACGCCAUCGUCAACGAGGUGGGCAAGACAAAGGUGGAAUACAGCAUUGGUGUGCGGGCGAAUUUCGGGUCCAAGCUGUUUGCCACCAACGUCGUGGUCCGCAUCCCUACGCCGCUCAACACUGCGAGGAUCACGGAGCGGUGCACCCAGGGCAAGGCAAAGUACGAGCCGUCCGAGAACAAUAUCGUCUGGAAGAUUGGCAGGUUUACCGGCCAAAGCGAGUACGUCUUGAGCGCCGAGGCCGAGUUGACAAGCAUGACAAACCAGAAAGCCUGGAGUCGGCCGCCGCUGAGCAUGAGCUUCAGCCUUUUGAUGUUUACCAGCUCCGGGCUGCUUGUGAGGUAUCUUAAGGUUUUCGAAAAGAGCAACUACUCGAGUGUCAAGUGGGUGAGGUACAUGACAAGAGCUGGAAGUUAUGAAAUUAGAUUCUGAGUUUAUAGGUUCCUAUCUUUGCGCCCCUCAACUGGGAAGCACGUGCAUUCCGAGGCAUUGCAUGACAGGGUCGUGGCGUUUCGGUUAUUUGGGGAAGCAUAGUGAUACCUGGGCAUGGAUAACACCGGCGGAUCGGUAAUUUGAGUGUUGGUUUCAGAACAAGAUAGAAGAUUCGGAGAUUUGGGCAGGAUUCAGGAAUCCCAGUGCAGCGUAUCACCGUAGCUGUUUAGAAAGGGGCCUGGUUGCCGUCCGGGACGGACCCCUUUUGCCUCAAUACCAAUCCCUGCUUUAUAAGCCAGCGCCAGCUA